CAGGACAUUCCCCCACCACAACCCUUGUCCCCACAGUCUUGUUUACACAUGCACACACACCUCCCUCACGCAGAUUUCCCCACUAACUUCCCUGCGGCACCCUUGAGGGACGCAUGGCUCCAGAGGGGACCUGCCGUGGCCAAGGCUCAGGGCUUUCCCCCCUCUGUGGCCCCAGGCACGGGCAUGGGGCAGAGCAGCAUAGCAAAAGGGUGGCAGGACGGCUUGGCACCCGUGGGCAGCUUUUUGCAUUUGAUCCCAAAGCGUGCCCAGCCAUGGCAGCCUCACUGAUCCGCCCCUGCUUCAUCUCCCUCCACGUGCCCUACAGGCAGGGCUGGGCCCAGGACCUGGUCACGACCUUUCGCUUCCAGCCAGUGGCUGUGCGGGAGACGCCACGGGUCCGGCAGCUGGCCUUGCGACGGGGAGCCGCAGUCUUCCUCAUCAACGAGCGCCUGGCACCAAGGCUCACCAGUACCUCCUCUCACGAUUUCCUCUAUGAUGUGGACCCCCAGCCCACCUUGGGCACAGCCUCUAACGUCUGCUUCGAGGUGGAUGAUGUGCCAGGGCUCUGCAAACAGCUGCAGAGCUGGGGAUGCUUCCUGCCGGUGCCCCCCACAGAGGUAAGGGAUGAUGGGGGCUCCGUCACUUAUGGGGUGGCAACCUCCAUCGUGGGCAACAUCAGCCAUACCCUUCUGGACCGAUCCCGCUACCAGGGACCCUUCCUACCCGGCUUCCAGCCCAUCAAAGCAGCCCCCUCGGCCACAGGGGAUGGGAUUAAGAUCACCCACUUUGACCACAUCACGUACGUCUGCCCACGGGGCGGGGCCCGGCUGGCUCUGGACUGGUACCAGCGCUGCUUCGGCUUCCGCCGCUUCCUGCUGAACCCGGAGGAGAAGCUGGCUGAGGGGUACAUGGUUGGCGGGCAGGGGGUGGGCAUGCUGCUCCUCGCGCUGCAGAGUGCUCAGGGCACCCUGGCACACGGCUGCAAGCUUGUCCUUGCUGAGUCCCUCUCAGAGGAUGGUGCCAACCAAGUUGACACCUUCCUAGAGCAGCACGGUGGGGCCGGGAUCCAGCAUGUUGGCCUCUGCACCACUGAUAUCAUCACCACAACCAAGGCUUUGCAGCAGCGGGGUGCGCGGUUCUUCACACCCCCCACUGCCUAUUACAGCCAUGGGGGCAAAGCAGAGGAGAUCCGUGGGGCCGGGCAGGACCCCUGCACGCUGGCAGAGCUGGGGAUCCUACUGGACACCACUGUGCCCAGGGUCAAGGACCGGCCAGGUGCUGAUGUCACAGAGAGCCCUUCCCAGGAGUAUUUGAUGCAGAUCUUCACCCAUCCCAUCUUCUCUGAGGACACCUUCUUCCUGGAGCUCAUUGACCGGCGGGGAGCACCAGGCUUUGGGGAAGGCAAUAUACAGGCACUGUGGAACGCUGUGCAAAUCUAUAUGGACCAGCAGCAGUAGUGGCAUCACUGCAGUCCUCCUCCCUCAGCUCCCUAUCCUCUCCAGUCCCACCCUGGGGCACUCUAGAGAUACCAGCAGGUGCCUGUGGCAUGGCCCAAGUUGGCAGGGACCAAGGGAGGUCUCCAGGUCAACACAGAGCCAACUUCAGUGUGACAGCAAGUUGCUUCGAGCCAGAUCCAGUGGGACUUUAAGCAUCCCCUGGGAUGGAGGAUGAUUUCUCCUCCUCCCUGGGUUCCCAGUGAGUUACCGGCGUAAAGAAGAACUUUCUGCCUUAAUUUCAUUUUUAUCUAAUCAGACUUGUGGCUGCAGCAUGGCCAAGGACACUGCUGUCAGAGCAACACCCCCAGAUGUAGGGGAUGAGGGGCUGCCUGAGGGGAGCGGAUAACCCAGGGGCCAUGGACAUCACAGCUCAUCAACAGUUAUCACCCAGAGCUCAGACAGCCCCUGUGCAGGGGAAAUGAUGGCCUCUUGCUCCUCUCAAUUAAAGAGUUAACCUGCAAGCA